UGCGUUUACUUGUAUAUCAUAUAUAUAUAUAUAUAUAUUUAGAGGAGGUAAUCAUAAUUUGGAAGUUUGAUUGAAUAAGUUUAAUAGUGAUUGAUAGUGAUCAAGAUCAUAACAUAAAUUGUAAAGUUAUAACUAUUUAUUUUAAAUAUGUAUGUAAACAAAUAAUACCAUCAAUUCAAUUUAGUUGAAUGUUAAAUGAAUUGGGUAAUAUCUAUCCAUUCUAUAUUCUAUAAAUUUACAAUACUUAAAUAUGUGGUUUUAUUUAAUUUUAACAUGGUUAUCAUUUUUAAUUCAAUUAUGUUUUUGUACUAUUUCAUUAGCUGCAGGAUUAUAUUAUUUAGCCGAACUCGUCGAAGAAUACACUGUUAUUGCUAAAAAGUCUAUUACUGCUAUGAUUUUGAUAACAACAAGUUGUUUAAUUGGAUGUUGGUUAUUUGAAGAUUUACCAUUAACAUUAUUUGUUAGUGGUAUUAUAUCACAAUCAUUACAUUGGAUGAUUAUCCAAACUUUUCCAUUUACAUCGUUUACAUCCCCUACAUUCAUCAUGGCAGUUAUAUUUGUAAUUGUUAAUCAUUAUUUAGCAUUCACAUUCUUUAGUACAACAUAUCAUACAUUCACACAAGUCUUAGCAUACUUCACUUUAUGUUUAUGGCUUGUACCAUUUGCCUUGUUUGUAUCAUUAUCAGCAAAUGAAAAUGUGUUACCAACUGUUGCUGUUACUGAACGUACACAUCUAUUAGAGAAUGAUUGUGUGACAAAUUAUUUUUCUCGCAGAGGUAAAAAAUAUGGAUUAUUAUCAUUAUUUAAUUAUGCAAAAGAAUCUUUAUUACCUCAACGCAAUAAAAAAUCAUUUUAAAGACUGCUAAGAUAAGAUCUAAAUCUAAAUAUAAUUCUAAUUCUAAUAUUUAUUAAAACAAACAACUCAA